AUGAGAUUUUCACAUUUCUUGCAGUACAACUCAGUACCGGAAUGGCAGAACCAUUAUAUGGACUACAGCCAAUUAAAGAAUCUCAUCUACACUUUACAAACAGAUGAAUUAAGACUAAAUGGUGAAUUAGAAGAUACAGAAAGCGGAAAUGGUGGUAAAUCAAAGGUCUUCGCUAAAAAAUUGAAGAAUAAACUUUUUUCCUCGAAAGCAGGCGGCUCCACUCCUUCUAAUAAUGCUAAUGGUGGAGGUGGUAUUUCUUCGCCACCGAAGAGUCCCGCAUUGGAGGGUUCCAAACCUGGAAAGGGUCCUGAAGAAAUGAUCCAGGAGGAAACUUUUGAAUUAGAUGAUCUGCAUACCAACAGCGCAGCUGCAGCUGCUCAAGCAGGAGGGGGAAGUUCCCCAGGAAUAGGAGUAGGUGCGCAGGGUGCCAAGAGUAGUCCUGUAAAAAGGUUCAGGGACAAGUUUUUCGAAUCCCGUAGAUCUUCAUUAUCCAGUGAAGGCAAAACACUUUUCAGUCCACAAGACGCCUUUUUGAACAAUCUAGCAGAGGAGAAAUUGAAAGUUGAUGAUUUUUACAAAAGGAUGGAAACCAAAUUUUAUGAAAAAUUUGAUACUUUAGUCAAAGAUUUAGAGAAAGGGGGCUUUUCACAUAACUUUGGAUCAUUCUUCCCCGAGGAACUGCCGGAGGAUGAUGUUGAAUUUACCAAAUUGCCUCCUAAUGCGGAUAACAGUGGAUUCCAGGACGUUGAAUUGCCAGAAGGGGAAUCUGGUGGAAUGAGCAUGGCACGCCGUGAAACAAGAGACACAAAGGAUACGAGGUCUGAUUAUUUUUCAGAGGAAGAUUUAGAGGAUGACUAUGACGAUUUGGAAGCGCAGGAUAAUACCGCGCUUCUAAAUACAAGCCAAUUGGAUGUGGAAACUCAAAAGAAAUCUAUUUUGAAGCAAUCGAUAACCUACCUUUACAUUGAUCUUUGCCAAUUGAAGUCGUUUAUCGAAUUAAAUCGUAUUGGAUUUGGUAAAAUUACAAAGAAAUUCGAUAAGGUUUUGCAUGCAACAACGAGAGAAGAGUUGAUUCAGAGUGGAGUUUUUUUCGCGGAUACUUACAUUUUCCAACCACAGACUUUAACCGCAUUAAACAGCAGGAUUGCUCAUUUGGUUGAAUUUUACGCUAUCAUUAAGGGAAGACAUGCAUAUUUGGAGGAUUGCAAACGUGAAUUGAAAAGUUUCUUGCAUGAUCACAUAGUUUGGGAAAGAUCAAACUCAUGGAAGGACAUGCUAGGUCUUUUGUCCCAAGAGAAAGAGCUGGAAAGUGAAACUGUUCAGGAGGGACGUUCUAAAUUAGCACUAGAGUACAAGAAAUUCAAAUUGCCUAAAUCGAUUAGUAUAUGGAAGUGGGAGUUUACACAUCUUUGGAUCCCAUCAUUCUUUUUCACUUGGAAAGCUCUCAAUAUUUCCAUCAUUUUCAUUUUCACUUUAAUCCUGAUGGUGGUCCCCACUUUGAAGGAUAAGGCAGAGCAUCGUUGUUUGGCAUUGGUGGAAUGUGUUGCAUUGCUAUGGGCCACUGAAAGUUUCCCACUUUUCACAACAGCUCUUUUCGUCCCCAUGCUUACAGUUCUUUUCAAGGUGUUGAAAGACAAUAACGGUAAAGUUAUGAAGGCACCGGCUGCAUCCAAGGAAGUUCUUUCGACCAUGUGGUCUUCAACAAUUAUGAUUCUUUUAGCAGGUUUUACCAUGGCAGAAGCGCUAUCUCAAUAUGAUAUAGCUAAGGUUAUUGCAUCCUGGUUAUUAUCCGCAGCAGGUACCAAGCCUAGAAAUGUUUUACUAAUGGCUAUGUCCGUGGUUUUCUUCCUUUCUAUGUGGAUCUCUAACGUCGCAGCCCCUACUCUAACGUAUUCCUUGAUGUCGCCAAUUUUGGGUGAAUUAGAUUGUACUGAUCCAUUUGCAAAGGCGUUGGUGUUCGGUGUUGCUAUUGCCGCUGAUAUUGGUGGUAUGGCAUCACCAAUCUCGUCACCUCAAAAUGUGGUUUCAAUGCAGUAUUUGAAAACUUAUAAUAUUGGGUGGGGUCAAUUUUUCGCAACUGCAUUACCUUGUGGUAUACUUGCCAUGCUUCUGUCAUGGGUGGUUAUCUUCACAACUUUUAAGGUAAAUCGUACCAAAUUGGAAAGAUUUAAGCCUAUUAAAGCAAAAUUUACAAUAAAGCAAUGGUAUAUCAUAGCCGUGUGUAUGGGUACCAUUCUGCUAUGGUGUGUGGAAGGUAAUGUAGAGCCUGCAUUCGGUGAAUCUGGUGAAAUUGCUGUAUUGCCAAUAGUUCUUUUCUUUGGUACUGGUAUUCUGUCGACUCGCGACUUUAACACUUUCCCCUGGAGUAUUGUCACGCUUGCCAUGGGUGGUAUUGCGCUUGGUAAAGCGGUUUCAUCCUCUGGUCUAUUAGCAACGGUGGCUCAUGCUCUACAAAGGAAAAUCCAAAACGAUGGUACCAUGGCUAUUCUUUGUAUCUUUGGUGUUCUAAUGCUUGUUGUGGGUACUUUUGUCUCACAUACCGUCUCAGCUAUUAUUAUCAUUCCAUUAGUGAAAGAGGUCGGUGACAAGUUAUCAGAUCCUAAAGCCGCUCCUAUCUUGGUGUUUGGUUGUGCAUUGCUAUCAUCUACUGGUUUGGCUUUGCCAUCUUCAGGUUUCCCGAAUGUUACCGCUAUUUCCAUGUAUGAUAAAAAGGGAGGUAGAUAUUUGGAUGUCAAUACAUUUAUGACAAGAGGUUUAGUGAUUUCACUCAUCGCAUUCUUAUGUAUCAUCACCAUGGGUUACGGUAUUAUGAAGAGUGUUCUCAAGGGUGUGGAUCAGCAGUAA